AUGGCUCGAAAUCCCUUUGGACCUGUUGGCCCUGGCCCAUCGAGGCAACCUUCCAAGAAUGAGAAGGAUGCGAGGCCAAAGUCACCCAAAGAUGAGAAGGACGUCAAACGCGACAACAAGCGAGCACGGAAGGAGGAGAAACGUAGGCUCAAGGAAGAAGAAGCUGCCAAACGACAGAAGCGAGAGAAGGAGGAAGCCGAAGCUGAACUGCAACGCUUUGAACAGGAGUUGCAGCGUCGGAACAACUUUCUCUUGCGACGCCGUCAGCAGGAGGAAGACGACCAACGCAAAGAAGUAGAGGCGCAGAAACAAGCGGCUAGAGAAGAAGAAGAACGCAAGCAGCGGGAAAUUGAGAUCAAGCGUAUGUCUGUAGAGGACAAACUUCGAAUGAAAUUUGAGGUGGAGGAGAGGCGGCAAGAAGCUGAGAAGCGCAAGUUAGAGGAAGCAGAGCGUCGAAAGCAGGAGCGUGCUGAGCGAAAGCGAAGAGAGCAGGAGCAAGAGAAGCAAUGUCGGGAGGAGCAACGAAAAGCUGCCCGACCAUCACCAGAGGAGACUGCCAGGCUUUUGCAAGCCAAAGAGCAGGAGAUCGCGAGAGUGCAGGCAGAACUGGCAAAGAAGAGGAAAGAAGAGGCACACAAGAAACAGAUGGAGCAACGCGAAAAAAGUAGGAGCAGAUCAAAGUCAUCGUCCCCAAGAUCCCCAAGAUCCCCAAGCAGGAGGUCAAGCAGUAGCUCGCCAGUUCGGAACAAAUCACGCCGUGGGCGCAAAGAUAAGCGAC